CGCAUUCCAAUCUGCAUCACGACUCUUCUUCUUCUCCAUUGGCGACGAAACCAAGAGAGUUCGUCGAUCAAGCUGCCUCAGACGUUGCCGGGAAAGAGGACUUCGUCGGAGCUUCCGCCGGAAUCUAGGUGGGGAUUAUUUGUGAUUUCUUCAUCAAUUCCAUUGAGGUAGGGAUCAAAAAUUUGAUGAGCUGCAACCUGGAGGACAAUGAAGCGUGACGCUGGUGGAUGACCCGAAGCUAUUUGAAAUUGAAUUAAAUACUUGUUGACUUUUAUUUUGUUAGACUACAAGAAUGUUUGACGAUGUUGUUUUAAAGGCUUCCGCAACGUUUGAAUUAUUUACUCCGAUUAAUUAUGAAUUGUUUUUAAAUAAAUAUGAAUAGAUUAGCGUAUUCUCCACAAGCCGGAGCCUACGACAUUCGCAGGAGCGCAUUUUGCAUCUUCUCACUCUCUCGUCUACUGCUUUCUUCUGAUUCUCAGAGCGCAAUCCAUCUUCAAUCCAGCCACCGCAUAUAAUCUGAGAGCAGCGAGUUGCAGAGCAUAAAUGGCGGGAUUCCAAAUGCAGCCGUACGGGAUUCAAUCGAUGCUCAAAGAAGGGCACAAGCAUCUGUCCGGUUUAGAUGAGGCCGUGCUGAAGAACAUCGGCGCCUGCAAGGAGCUCUCUGCUAUCACGCGGACAUCUCUCGGGCCCAAUGGCAUGAAUAAGAUGGUUAUCAAUCAUCUUGAUAAGCUUUUCAUCACCAACGACGCUGCUACAAUUGUGAAUGAACUUGAGAUCCAGCAUCCUGCUGCCAAGAUUUUGGUGUUGGCAGGAAAAGCUCAACAAGAAGAGAUUGGUGAUGGAGCCAAUUUAACUGUUUCUUUUGCUGGAGAGCUUCUUCAAAAUGCAGAGGAACUUAUCAGGAUGGGGUUACACCCCAGUGAGAUCAUCAUUGGAUACAACAAGGCAAUCAAUGAGACUAUUAGAGUAUUAGAAGAACUGGUCGAGGGAGGUUCUGAAAAUAUGGAUGUGAGAAACAAGGAAGAAGUUGUUUCUAGAAUGAAAGCUGCAGUUGCCAGCAAACAAUUUGGACAAGAAGAUAUCUUGUGUCCUCUCAUUGCUGAAGCAUGUAUACAAGUGUGUCCUAAGAACCAAGCUAAUUUCAAUGUGGAUAAUGUUCGUGUUGCUAAGCUAUUGGGUGGAGGUCUGCACAAUUCAGCCAUAGUUAGAGGCAUGGUAUUGAAAAAUGAUGCUGUUGGGAGCAUAAAGAGAAUGGAGAAAGCAAAGGUUGCUGUCUUUGUUGGGGGAGUUGAUACAACCGCAACUGAGACAAAAGGCACAGUUCUUAUUCAUAAUGCCGACCAGCUUGAAAACUAUGCAAAAACUGAGGAAUCAAAGGUUGAAGAGCUCAUUAAAGCAGUUGCAGAUUCUGGUGCUAAGGUCAUUGUUAGUGGGGGUGCAAUUGGAGAGAUGGCACUCCAUUUUUGUGAACGUUACAAGCUCAUGGUUUUAAAAAUAAGCUCCAAAUUUGAACUGCGGCGUUUUUGUAGAACCACCGGUGCUGUUGGCCUUUUGAAAUUAAGUCAACCAAAUGCAGACGACCUUGGAUAUGUUGACUCUGUCUCAGUGGAAGAAAUCGGUGGCAUUAGGGUUACAAUCGUAAGAAACGAGGAAGGUGGAAAUUCUGUGUCCACUGUUGUUCUACGUGGUAGCACUGACAGUAUACUGGACGACCUUGAAAGAGCAGUGGAUGAUGGUGUAAAUACCUAUAAGGCAAUGUGUAGGGACAGCAGGAUAGUACCUGGAGCUGCGGCUACUGAGAUUGAGUUGGCCAGGAGAUUGAAGGAGUUCUCUUUUAAAGAGACUGGCCUGGACCAGUAUGCCAUUGCCAAGUUUGCUGAAAGCUUUGAAAUGGUUCCUAAAACUCUUGCUGAGAAUGCUGGCCUUAAUGCUAUGGAAAUAAUAUCGUCUUUAUAUGCCGAGCAUGCAUCUGGGAACACCAAAGUAGGCAUCAGCUUGGAGGAAGGGGCAUGCAAGGAUGUCACCGCCCUGAAUAUAUGGGACCUCUACAUCACCAAGUUUUUUGCUCUCAAAUAUGCUGCGGAUGCUGUCUGCACUGUGCUACGAGUGGACCAGAUUAUAAUGGCAAAACCAGCUGGCGGUCCAAGGAGAGGAGCACAACCGGGAGGAGGAAUGGACGAGGACUGAGUUUCGGGAGUUAUCUGUAUCUUUGUGGUUGUGUGCAAGUUUUGGCUCUAGAAAGAGGUUUUUGAUGAUCUAUGGUUAUUACUGUUGCUAAAAUCUUUUGGCACUGUGAUUUGUGAUGUUGAACUGAAUGAAUGCACCCUGAAAAGGUUCUGAUUUAGUGGAUUAGGGAUAGCAAGUGUCCAACUUUCUUUGAUAUCAGGCACAAGUUUCUUUGAUUUUGGCAAUACUUUGAAUUUUUAGUGUAAUACGGUAUAUAUGGAAAUGGAGUCAAAAACUGAUUUCAUUGCAGGUAAAUCCGAAAUGAAAUCUAUAGAUAUAU